AUGAAAACUGCAACCAGUUCUACAAGUGCUACAAUGGCUUACCUGUCGCCAUGGACUGUCCUGGAAAUCUUCAUUACAAUCCUUACAAAGAACAAUGCGACUGGCCUGAAAACGUGGAUUGCGGCGACAGAGUUAUUCCUGAGUGUGACGACAACGGCGGUGGAGGCGGAGGUGGUGGAGACAGUGGAGGUGGAGAUAGUGAAGGUGGAGAUUGGAGGCGGAGACAGCGCUGGUGGUGGUGGCGGUAACGGUACCUGCAACUGCAAUCCGGGCGAAGCUCCAUCACUUUGUGCCGCACCAGGCUCAAAUGGAAUCUUAGUGGCACAUGAAAACUGCAACCAGUUCUACAAGUGCUACAAUGGCUUACCUGUCGCCAUGGACUGUCCUGGAAAUCUUCAUUACAAUCCUUAUAAGGAACAAUGCGACUGGCCUGAAAACGUGGAUUGCGGCGACAGAGUUAUUCCUGAGUGUGACGACAACGGCGGUGGAGGCGGAGGUGGUGGAGACAGUGGAGGUGGAGAUAAUGAAGGUGGAGAUAAUGGAGGUGGAGACAGCGGUGGUGGUGGCGGUAACGGUACCUGCAACUGCAAUCCGGGCGAAGCUCCAUCACUUUGUGCCGCACCAGGCUCAAAUGGAAUCUUAGUGGCACAUGAAAACUGCAACCAGUUCUACAAGUGCUACAAUGGCUUACCUGUCGCCAUGGACUGUCCUGGAAAUCUUCAUUACAAUCCUUACAAAGAACAAUGCGACUGGCCUGAAAACGUGGAUUGCGGCGACAGAGUUAUUCCUGAGUGUGACGACAACGGCGGUGGAGGCGGAGGUGGUGGAGACAGUGGAGGUGGAGAUAAUGAAGGUGGAGAUAAUGGAGGCGGAGACAGCGGUGGUGGUGGCGGUAACGGUACCUGCAACUGCAAUCCGGGCGAAGCUCCAUCACUUUGUGCCGCACCAGGCUCAAAUGGAAUCUUAGUGGCACAUGAAAACUGCAACCAGUUCUACAAGUGCUACAAUGGCUUACCUGUCGCCAUGGACUGUCCUGGAAAUCUUCAUUACAAUCCUUACAAAGAACAAUGCGACUGGCCUGAAAACGUGGAUUGCGGCGACAGAGUUAUUCCUGAGUGUGACGACAACGGCGAUGGAGGCGGAGGUGGUGGAGACAGUGGAGGUGGAGAUAGUGAAGGUGGAGAUAAUGGAGGCGGAGACAGCGGUGGUGGUGGCGGUAACGGUACCUGCAACUGCAAUCCGGGCGAAGCUCCAUCACUUUGUGCCGCACCAGGCUCAAAUGGAAUCUUAGUGGCACAUGAAAACUGUAACCAGUUCUACAAGUGCUACAAUGGCUUACCUGUCGCCAUGGACUGUCCUGGAAAUCUUCAUUACAAUCCUUACAAAGAACAAUGCGAUUGGCCUGAAAACGUGGAUUGCGGCGACAGAGUUAUUCCUGAGUGUGACGACAACGGCGGUGGAGGCGGAGGUGGUGGAGACAGUGGAGGUGGAGAUAAUGAAGGUGGAGAUAAUGGAGGCGGAGACAGCGGUGGUGGUGGCGGUAACGGUACCUGCAACUGCAAUCCGGGCGAAGCUCCAUCACUUUGUGCCGCACCAGGCUCAAAUGGAAUCUUAGUGGCACAUGAAAACUGCAACCAGUUCUACAAGUGCUACAAUGGCUUACCUGUCGCCAUGGACUGUCCUGGAAAUCUUCAUUACAAUCCUUACAAGGAACAAUGCGACUGGCCUGAAAACGUGGAUUGCGGCGACAGAGUUAUUCCUGAGUGUGACGACAACGGCGAUGGAGGCGGAGGUGGUGGAGACAGUGGAGGUGGAGAUAAUGAAGGUGGAGAUAAUGGAGGCGGAGACAGCGGUGGUGGUGGCGGUAACGGUACCUGCAACUGCAAUCCGGGUGAAGCUCCAUCACUUUGUGCCGCACCAGGCUCAAAUGGAAUCUUAGUGGCACAUGAAAACUGCAACCAGUUCUACAAGUGUUACAAUGGCUUACCUGUCGCCAUGGACUGUCCUGGAAAUCUUCAUUACAAUCCUUACAAAGAACAAUGCGACUGGCCUGAAAACGUGGAUUGCGGCGACAGAGUUAUUCCUGAGUGUGACGACAACGGCGAUGGAGGCGGAGGUGGUGGAGACAGUGGAGGUGGAGAUAAUGGAGGCGGAGACAGCGGUGGUGGUGGCGGGAACGGUACCUGCAACUGCAAUCCGGGCGAAGCUCCAUCACUUUGUGCCGCACCAGGCUCAAAUGGAAUCUUAGUGGCACAUGAAAACUGCAACCAGUUCUACAAGUGCUACAAUGGCUUACCUGUCGCCAUGGACUGUCCUGGAAAUCUUCAUUACAAUCCUUACAAAGAACAAUGCGACUGGCCUGAAAACGUGGAUUGCGGCGACAGAGUUAUUCCUGAGUGUGACGACAACGGCGAUGGAGGCGGAGGUGGUGGAGACAGUGGAGGUGGAGACAGUGGAGGUGGAGAUAAUGGAGGCGGAGACAGCGGUGGUGGUGGCGGUAACGGUACCUGCAACUGCAAUCCGGGCGAAGCUCCAUCACUUUGUGCCGCACCAGGCUCAAAUGGAAUCUUAGUGGCUCAUGAAAACUGCAACCAGUUCUACAAGUGCUACAAUGGCGUACCUGUCGCCAUGGACUGUCCUGGAAAUCUUCAUUACAAUCCUUACAAAGAACAAUGCGACUGGCCUGAAAACGUGGAUUGCGGCGACAGAGUUAUUCCUGAUUGUGACGACAACGGCGAUGGAGGCGGAGGUGGUGGAGACAGUGGAGGUGGAGAUAAUGGAGGCGGAGACAGCGGUGGUGGUGGCGGUAACGGUACCUGCAACUGCAAUCCGGGCGAAGCUCCAUCACUUUGUGCCGCACCAGGCUCAAAUGGAAUCUUAGUGGCUCAUGAAAACUGCAACCAGUUCUACAAGUGCUACAAUGGCGUACCUGUCGCCAUGGACUGUCCUGGAAAUCUUCAUUACAAUCCUUACAAAGAACAAUGCGACUGGCCUGAAAACGUGGAUUGCGGCGACAGAGUUAUUCCUGAGUGUGACGACAACGGCGAUGGAGGCGGAGGUUGUGGAGACAGUGGAGGUGGAGAUAAUGGAGGCGGAGACAGCGGUGGUGGUGGCGGUAACGGUACCUGCAACUGCAAUCCGGGCGAAGCUCCAUCACUUUGUGCCGCACCAGGCUCAAACGGAAUCUUAGUGGCACAUGAAAACUGCAACCAGUUCUACAAGUGCUACAAUGGCUUACCUGUCGCCAUGGACUGUCCUGGAAAUCUUCAUUACAAUCCUUACAAAGAACAAUGCGACUGGCCUGAAAACGUGGAUUGCGGCGACAGAGUUAUUCCUGAGUGUGACGACAACGGCGAUGGAGGCGGAGGUGGUGGAGACAGUGGAGGUGGAGAUGGAGAUAAUGAAGGUGGAGAUAAUGGAGGCGGAGACAGCGGUGGUGGUGGCGGUAACGGUACCUGCAACUGCAAUCCGGGCGAAGCUCCAUCACUUUGUGCCGCACCAGGCUCAAAUGGAAUCUUAGUGGCACAUGAAAACUGCAACCAGUUCUACAAGUGCUACAAUGGCUUACCUGUUGCCAUGGACUGUCCUGGAAAUCUUCAUUACAAUCCUUAUAAAGAACAAUGCGACUGGCCUGAAAACGUGGAUUGCGGCGACAGAGUUAUUCCUGAGUGUGACGACAACGGCGGUGGAGGAAAUGGUGAUGGCGGUUCUGGGGGCGGAGGUGGUGGAGACAAUGGAGGUGGAGACAGUGGUGGCGGCGGUAACGGUACCUGCAACUGCAAUCCGGGUGAAGCUCCAUCACUUUGCGCCGCGCCAGGCUCGAAUGGGAACAAUGCGAUUGGCCAGAAAGCGUUAAGUGUGGCGAUAGAGUUAUUCCUGACAGUAAUGGAAACGACGAUGGUUCUGGAGAUAGCGAAGGUGGGGGAAAUGAUACUUGCAACUGCAACCCUAUCGAAGCUCCUUCUCUUUGUUCCGCAUCAGGAUCGGAUGGCAUCUUGGUGGCUCACGAAUACUGCAACCAAUUCUAUAAGUGUUCCAAUGGUAGCCCUA